AUGUCUGGCAAUAACUCAGCUCCCUCUCUUCCACCUGAGGUCCUGAACCAUAAUGAAGGGCCCUCUCUCAUCAUACCAUUGCUUUGGGCUACUGCUGGAGUCGCAAUAGCCUCGGUGACAUACGGCGGUGUUGGGAAACCAUUGGCCGUCAACAUGAUGCAAGACCCAAACCGCCUCGGAAGAGCUCAGCUAUGUCUAGUUUUGACCGAAUUCGUCUACGGCACCGUCCUCUGCACCAUAAAAGUCGGCAUCCUCCUAAUGUACUACCGAAUCUUCCCAACAAAAUCCAUGCGCUUUGGCGGUUACAUCCUUGGCGGAAUGACAUUCUCGUGGUGGAUAGGCAUCAUUUUUGCAUCCAUCUUCCAAUGCUCGCCGGUCGACAAAGCCUGGAAGCCAUUCAUGAAGGGAGGUACUUGCCUGGAUAAGAAUCGCUUCUUCAUUGGUAACUCGAUCCCGAAUAUUGUGAUGGACGCUAUGAUUAUCGCGUUGCCUGUUUUUGAGGUGUCAAAGGUCCAGGUGCCGAGAUCUCAGAAGAUUGCUAUCGCGGGGAUAUUUUUACUGGGUGGAUUGAUCGUCAUUAUCAGCUGUAUCCGAUUGAAGUACAUUGUGGCCCUCCUCCAAGCCGGGCAAGAAGCAGACUUCACGAAGCUCAUCUCAACACCCUGGAUAUGGACAGUAAUCGAACCGUCCGUCGGCCUCCUCUGCGCCUGUCUGCCCACAAUGCAACCGCUAUUAUACGUCCUCUUCGGCCGCUUUAUCACCAAGACUACACAAGAUCGAAGUAAAGAAGGAAUCAUCACCAUUGGAGGCAGCGGCCAAAAGUCAGCAGACAGACAGAAAGGCCCUGUUAAGGAUGGACCGUUUCGCAGACUGCAUGAUAACGACUCAGCUGAAGAGCCUGUUCUGUGGCCAGAGACGUAUCAUAAUCAGCAUAAUACGACAGUAGAACACUCGAAAGGGGUGGCGGUAGAUGAGAUUCCGCUGGGGACGAUUGCGGUGAAGAAGGAUAUACAUUGGGAAGAGUCGUAG